GAUUUCGAUAUUUCGCCAUUUUAUUCAAGUCUUUGCAUGUUAUCGACUGCCAUACUCUCCGAGGUGUGGGCAUUCGAGGGAUAAUUCGCAAUGGAGGGGUAAUUUCACGGCUCCGAUCGGCCUGAGGGGCACGAAAUGCUGGGCCAAAAAAUGACGAAAUUCCAAACCAGUUCUGCAGCAAAGGAAUUCACCGUUCAAAAACAGUAAAAAAACGGCCAAAGCUAAACCACUCCCAUGAAGACGUCCAAUUCCGCCUCACACAGACACCCUAAAUCUCUUCAUCAUGCCUCCGGUACCCAUCACAAUCGUCACUGGCUUCCUAGGGUCCGGCAAGACCACCCUUCUCCUCAAUCUCAUCCCGCAAUUACCUCCCACCUACCGCCUUGCCCUCCUCAAAAACGAAUUCGGCGAUGUCGCCGUUGACUCCCAGCUCGCCUCUGCAAAUUCCAUAUCCGGGGUCCGCGAACUUCUUAACGGGUGUAUAUGCUGCAAUCUUGUGGGCCAAUUAAGUGAUGCGCUUCUCCAGCUGCGCGACCAGAUCCAGCCCGAUCGCAUUGUGAUCGAGACGAGCGGGAGCGCGUUCCCUGCAACCCUGGCGAUGGAGGUGAAUCGCUUGUCGCACGAGACGCGAGGAGAGUUUGUGCUCGACGGGGUGGUUAGUGUGAUUGACGUGGAGAAUUGGGAAGGUUACGAGGAUACUUCGUACACGGCGAAGUUGCAGGCGAAGUAUACAGACUUGAUCGUUUUCAAUAAGUGGGAAGAUGUUUCAGAGUUGAGAUUCGACUUGUGUCUGGACAGAGUGGGCGAUUUGGAGGUGCAGACCCCGUGGGUCAAGUCUGCCAGGGGGAAGGUGGAUAAAGAUGUGUUGCUGGGGAUCGAUGGGGCAUUGUUGGCGAAGGAGGCUGCGGAUAAGGGACAUGCGGGCUUGGAUUUGAUGCUUAUGGGUGGGGUCAAGGAGUAUGAACAGGCUCAUGCUCAUGAUCACCAGUCGGAGGUGGAAGUACUUUCCGCGUCUCUUACGAGUCCUGAUUCGUCAGCUGUAGUCGAGCUGUCCUCUCUUACCAAGCUCCUGCAUUCCGCACCAAAGGAUGAAGUUUACAGAAUAAAAGGCAUUGUUCGCUGUUCAUCAGAUAAUCCUCCGCAGGACUCCUCUGGCGAUCGUGCGCCCGCCGUCAACUGCUCAACGAGUGGCUCUUCCAUUUCAGAUGGAAACAAGAUAAGAAAUUACAUUCUCAACUGGGCAUUCGGAAGGUGGACAUUCACUCCUUCGCCCAAUAUCUCCAAAAGUACAGAAACCGAAUCCAAUAAUAAGGACGUUGUUCGAAUGACUCUCAUCCUAGCGAGAUAUGAAUCCAGCAAGUGGAAGAAGAAGCUAGAAGGAAGCGGCCUUAUCGAGCUUGCUGGAGAAGCGAAAGACUCUGCUAUGCUGUCCAUUGAGAAAGUCAACUAG